AUGAGCUCAUUCUCUGCAAAUGCUAAGCGACGGAAACUACAAUUUCCAAGAUAUUCUUCAACAGCAAAAGAGCAACUCGAACAGGCAUUGGUGACCUCUGUAGAUGCAUGCCUGAAGGAACUCCGAAAAAUUAUUCGAAAACUCUCCACUACGUUCGAAGCGCAUGCGGUAGAAGUCGCGAUUAUACAAAGAAUCGUCUACAAGAGCAGAAACCAGCACAAGAAUAGUCUCUUUUGGCGAAACUUGACAGAAACUCGACGAAUGGCAGCUCGGGUUGAAGAGGUUGCAAUAGGCUCUCUUAUAGACAGUUUUCGGUCCACUUUCUACAGCGAAGCCACUGGAAAAUCAACAUGGAAGAAUGCACCUUGGACGCAAAUACCAGACAAAGGAAUGCUUCAAUAUGUCCUCAAUCGUGUCGAAGCACUCUCCUCCUUAUAUGUCAAAGCGAUUGAGGCAUACCAACGAGCCUACAGGCAAGCAAUCUUAUCUUCUCAUCGAAGUCCACUUACGUUCCUCAGGGCAUACGAACGCUUUGCCAAUACAACGUCGUUUCUCCCUCUAACCCUCAGCCUUCUUGGAAUCUGUGCCCGGCUCUCACUCUUGACUACGGACCUUCAGCAUGCAUCCGUACAUAUAUGGGAAAAUAUUCACCAAUUAUUGACCACUUUCCAGCCCCCACAUUCGAUAUGCCGGUGCAAGCGUCCCGUACUGCAUAGUUCCGUUGACCUUGGUCAACUGCCCGAGGCGACCACGGCUUCAAGUCAACCUCCUUUUGCCCCAGAGCUCGGAGAAGCCAUCUCAAGAGAAAUUUUCGACUUUCAGCAACCAUCAAUUAUCCAAAAAGAGAAGAUGGACAUCGACGAAUUGCCUGUGGACGAGGAAGAGACAAUCACUUUUGAAGUCGAGGUCCCAAUCAUACAGACGAUUCCAGCGACGGAAGUUCAGAGUAUACAAAGCGAAGCUGUGACCACACAAAUUGUGAAGCAGUCAAAGAAGCCCAAGAAACGCGUCGAAGAACCAGAUAAUGCCGUGACAGAUGAUGGAUACUCCGCUUCUCAAAAGGACAAUACUCGACGAUGGAUUCAGAAUAUUCACAACGUCGGCACGACGGGGAUGCAUUCCAAGACCAACUCUGUCUCCACUAUCGACAUCAUAACGUCUCCGACAGAGACGGGUACUGUUCGUGGUAGUACUGUGGCCAUGGAGCUCCAGAUUCCGGUUGACGAAGAGGAACCAGAUCAGUCCAUGACAGCUCUCGGACUUUCUAACAUGAUUCCCGCUCAACCUUCACCCUCCACCAUUGUACAUGUCUCCCAAGAGCAACCGGUAGCCGUUGCCGAGCCACCUAGGCCCGCAGGGAGUCCAGUACCUCCCAGUGAAGCUCCCUCUAGGCCAUUGAGCAUUGCUCACAGCAUACCACGAAAUGACUCUGGACAAGAUAUAGAAGUCCGGCUUGAUGAUGGUCAUUUGUUCCAUACCGUUCGCCUAACUACUCCACAUAAUUCAUCGCUUAUAAUCAAUCGUUCACGUCGAAAUACCGAGGUUACGGGGAAUGCACCUCAGCUUCUCAAGCCCAAUUCCGACGUGGAUAUUACCACUACUCAUCUACAACCCUCUCCGAAUCCCCAGACAAUUGACCUUCCGGUAGAAGACGAUACACCCGACGGACUGACACCGCCGAUUGAGUACGACGAGGACGAACCGCCGUCCCGAGCACGACAACGAUUUCAAAAGGCAUAUCUCCUUGUGACCAAAGAGCUCCGACAGCGGGUUGCUCACCUUCGAAAGUCUCCUACAUCCCCCAAUAUCCCAAAGGCCUCGGAUUCUGAAGUUGGAAAUGAGCUACUCUCCGAGUUGGGGCCAAAUGAGCCUUCUUCUUCGUCGCUUCUGCAGAAUGCAGCACAGGAUAGCAUUUCCUCUCCAGUCUGGACUAAAAGGACGAACAUUCAUUCUCCUGUCCGAGACACUAGAAGGGAUAGCUCUCCGUCCCCAGUUCGAAAUAGGGGAGAAGAUAACCUUUCUUCUCCAAUCCGAAACAUCGGGACGGGUACCCCUUAUUCUUCAGAUGGAAACGUCGGAACGGAUUUCCCACUCAUUCCAAGUCGAGAUGCCAAAGCGGAUAGCCUUUCCUCUCUACCCCGAAAUAUCAGAAUGGACGCCCCUUUGGUUCGAACUCGAGAUACCGAAAAGGGUAGCGCCUCUUCUCUCCUCCAGAAUGCCAAAAUGGAUGGUCCUCCCUCUCCAGUUCCAAGCCUAGGAAUGGAUGUCCCGGCUGUUCCAGCUCAAAAUGCCCAAGUGGGCAGCCGUUCCUUUCUACCCCGGAAUCCCAAAACAAAUAAACCUCCCUCUCCGGUUCUAAAUAUUAGAACGGAUGGACUUUCCUCUUCGGUUCGAGACAUCGGAACGGAUUCCCCUUUUGUCCCGAACCGCAGUACCUUGACAAACAACCUUCCCUCUCGGGUUCGAAAGAUCGGGACAGAUAUUCCUUCUGUUCGAACUCGAGAUACGAAAAUGGAUAGCCAUUCCUCCAUACUCCAGAAUUCCACAGAGAAUAGCCCUUCCUCGCCGACUCGAAAUAUGAUUACGGAAAGCCGUUCUGCACCACUUCAGAGUGACCAAACGGAUAGCCCCUCCGUUCUGGAUGAUUAUAUGGCAGACGAAACCGUAGAAGUUGAUUCGAACCAUGAAACGGAAGACAGGCCGACCGACGAUAGACCGUGGCUCAAGCCCUUUAGAUUGUCAACUAUUGGAAGUGCCGGAAUAGCCUCAGGCAAGUCACUAUAUCUGCCAGCUUCAAGAAGCGAAAGGAGUUUGACACGACCAUCAAGUCCGGAAAAGCGAUUACCUGCUCUUGAUAUGUCAAGAAGAAGUUCUCGCAUGGAACGAAAGGGGAGCUCUGCCUCACAUAGUGCCAUCAGCCAGACGGACUUUCCUUUGGCGAACUGGGCCCACUUCUCGCCUGCACCUACCGCAUUUACACCCCCCCAAACAACUUCCAGCUCUCGAAAGGGGUCUGUGCAUUACAUACACUCACCCAGGCCUGCAAAAUGGACAUCCAUUGAAUCUCAGGGACAAACUUAUCCGCCGAGUGCACGAAGCGUAUCACCAGUGCGCGCAUCGAGAACAAACACUGCCUCGUCAGCAUCGGAGCUGAGAAGACCUCUGUCAACCCGGUCACAGUCGGCAUUUGCAACUUCUGCUCCUCCCGUACCGCCUCUACCAACGCAAAAGCCCGAACUAUUCUUUGCAAUCGCGUCAUCACAGCCAGAGCAGGUUGCCCACCUGUUGGCGACAGGUCAGGCGUCUCCAAACGCAACAGUGGGACCGCAUGAUAUGCAUGCUCUUGCAUUCGCGUUGGACAACAUGGCGCAUAGCAGCGCAGAGAAGCGACCUCAACAGGAAGAGAUUGUAUCGACGCUGCUAUCAUACGGAGCUGACCCUCGGGCCGCGGAAGCAACGGCAGCUGACACGUCCUCGGAGAACGGUGGCGAAGCUGUCAAUCCGCUCAUAAGGCUUGUACGAUCCCCAGUCGCAGCUGCGCGUCAAAGUGACGCCGACGACGUGGAGAUUGCUCUCAAGCGCGCCAAGUUCACCGUGGUCGGUCAGGAGUUUGGUGUGGACGAGCUCUCCAGAGCCUAUGCUGCACAUGCUCGUCUUGCCAGAUUCUUGGACGAAGACGAAGAUGAUAGGGAGAUGCCAUUCGUGGCUCUUCUAUCGGGUCCUUCAGGUCAUGGGAAAACGUUACUGGCUACCAGAGUGGGGAAACUUCUCGGUCUUCCAUCCUAUUCGAUCAACAUGACAGUGGUCAAGGGCCAGAAAGAUGUGUGGUCUACGCCGUCUUACAAUGGCCGAGAGGCGAGUGAAUAUCCAACACUACGCCACUUCCUACAGGCGCAUGAUGGCAAAAAGAAGAUCGUGGUCAUCGAUGAAAUCGAAAAGGUUGAUGACAUGUCCUUACUUCAGAGCUUUUUGGUACCCUGGGAGACUGGUCGCGUACAAGACGGUACUUCUGGAAGAACGAUUGACAUUUCGCGGUCGAUCUGGAUUGGCACAAGCAAUGUUGGCAGUUCUGAGAUUAUUGGGGCAAUGAAGGAUGUGUCCGUGCUGGACGCUGGACGCUACAAGCAGCUUGUCAAAGACACUCGCGCCUGUCUUCGCGAGACGCUUGGGGCUUCUUUGGUCGCUCGAGUAUCAUGCAUAGUCGCAUUUGUGCCCUUCUCACAUGAGGAACAACUCGCCAUCUCGUCCAAGAGUCUCAGUGCACUACAACGCAAAAUAGCCCUCAGCCAACCUUCCCUCGCGUCAAAGACCAUGAAUAAUGACAAAAUGUGGAAGGGGGUUGUCGAACAGGCAGCAUCCCACUACAUAGAAGAAGAGGGCGCGCGGUCUAUCAGGCAGAGCCUGAUCCGACUUGCCGACACGAUCCUCCAGAGUUUAUAG